UUCACUGCAGUAGCAAUUUAGCCUCUCGGUUCUUAGUGAGCCAGACACACUAACCUGUCUGUCCCCUCCUCUUUUCUCUCUCUCUCUCUCUCUCUCUCUCUCUCUCGCCCUCUCUGCAAAGCAAGCUUCCCUACUCUCCUCCUCAUCACUCUGCCACUCCCGCAGCAUUGAUCUCUGCUUGAUCGGGACACUGGCCUGCAUCUUACCCACUGAUUCUGCAUGACUGUCACAAAGAUGUCAUGGCGCCCGACCUACCGAAGCUCCAAGUUUCGAAAUGUCUAUGGGAAGGUGGCCAACCGGGAGCACUGCUAUGACGGUAUCCCCAUUACCAAGAACGUCCAUGACAACCACUUCUGUGCCGUCAACUCCAAGUUCUUGGCGGUGGUCACGGAGAGUUCCGGGGGUGGCUCCUUCAUCAUCAUUCCUGUUUCUCAGACAGGCCGUCUGGACUCUCACUACCCAAAAGUAUGUGGCCACCAAGGCAACGUGCUGGACAUCAAGUGGAAUCCCUUCUUCGAAAACAUUGUAGCUUCCUGUUCGGAGGACACGUCGGUGCGAGUAUGGGAGAUCCCAGAUGGCGGUCUGAGGCGUAACAUGACCGAGGCGGUGCUGGAGCUGUACGGCCACAGCAGACGCGUGGGUCUGAUUGAGUGGCACCCCACUAGCAGUGGCAUCCUCUUCAGCGCUGGCUACGACUAUAAGGUCCUGAUUUGGAACCUGGAGAUCGGUGAGCCGGUAAAGAUGAUUGACUGCCACACAGACGUCAUCCUCAGCAUGUCCUUCAACACAGACGGCAGUCUGUUGGCCACCAGCUGUAAGGACAAGAACCUGCGAGUAAUAGAGCCGCGUUCUGGGAGAGUCCUUCAGCAAGCCAGCUACAAGAACCACCGCGUAAACCGAGUGGUUUUCCUGGGUAACCUGAAGCGACUACUCACCACAGGCGUCUCUCGUUGGAACACACGUCAGAUUGCCCUUUGGGAUCAGGAGGAUCUGUCCAUGCCAAUAGUGGAGGAGGACAUAGACGGUCUUUCAGGGCUGUUGUUCCCCUUCUACGAUGCUGACACACACAUGUUAUACCUGGCAGGCAAGGGAGACGGCAACAUCCGUUACUUUGAGGUCACCACUGAGAAACCAUUCAUUCAGUACUUAAUGGAGUUCCGGUCCCAAGCCCCUCAGAAAGGAUUAGGUGUGAUGCCAAAGCACGGGCUGCACGUGGGCGCUUGCGAGGUGUACCGCUUCUACAAGCUGGUCACCCUGAAGGGCAUGAUCGAGCCUAUUUCAAUGAUUGUGCCAAGAAGGUCAGACUCAUACCAGGAGGACCUCUACCCCAUGACAUCAGGAACUGAACCAGCUCUUUCCGCCAGCGAGUGGCUUAGCGGUGUUAACAGAGACCCAGUUUUAAUGUCCCUAAAGGAUGGCUACCACCGACCAAACAAGCUUGUGUUCAAGGCUCCGGUGAAGGAGAAGAAAAGUGUGGUCGUGAAUGGCAUCGACUUACUGGAGAACGUACCACCAAGGACAGAGAAUGAGCUCCUGCGAAUGUUCUUCCGGCAACAAGACGAGCUGCGACGGCUGAAGGAAGAGUUGACCACCAAGGACGUGCGCAUACGCCAGCUCGAGCUGGAACUUAACAACAUGAAGAACGUCAGCCCCAACAACAUUUAACCUCUGACAAAUAAGCCACCUGCUUUUCCUCCAGCACGGACCUCCGAUGACCUCCUCCUUGUUUAAUAGAUACUACUGUCCUGACACAUGUAUUUUGAUUACUACAAUAUUGUAUAUUUCAUAAUGGAGCUUUGCAUCGAUGGGGGAAGAUGUUAUUGUUAUUUUAACGACUAUGAAUUGGGUGUUGUGAUGAAUUAUUGCACAUUUUUACCUCAGCAUUGGCCAGUAAUUUUCAAGAAGCUUUUUUUUUUUUUUUUUAAAGCUCUCAAAUUUAUCGCCCAUUAUGAGGUUAAAAAAAAACAACCGACUGCUAUUUUUCUUCCUCGAGGCCUUAAACUGUACUGCGGCGUGUUUGCAACGACCUACACACUCAUCUCAAAAUGGCCCACAUGUUAUUUGGGCGGGAGGCACUGUCACAUUCAUGCUGAAUUUAUAUACCACUGCACAACAGUUAACAAGAGGAGGCUGGGAGCCCGUGCUGCAAAGCCUUAAGGGAAUAUUUGGUUUUAGGGCUCAUUUUGAAGAAGGGGGUUACAGUGUGUACAUUUGCUUCUAUUUAUUUCUUUUUUUCUAUAAACAUUUUGGGUGGGCAAGUAAUGAUUGUGAUGCUUGAUAGAUUCUGAAUGUUUACACUGUUGUUGAACCUAACCUCACACAUUCAAUAUUAAAAAGUCCAUUUUUUUUCAUUAAAAAAAUGGGCGUACAUUAAAAGGUUGCUCAUUUAAAAAAAUAACUACUGCUAAUAAUACACUUUACAAUGUGGGUUUGAUAUUUUGUCAAUGACAUCCUAACUGCAGAUAAGGUGUGUACAGUAUAUAUAAUAUAUUCCCAAUAAUCAAUAUUUUAGUUAACUACAUCACUGUUAAUAUAAACCAUGUUAUGUUAUUCACUAGUAACUGUAAUUUUGCGCUGCCUAUGAUAGUUUCAAAAGGAUAUCACCUGUUUUACAGCAUACUGUACAUAUUUUUUCCCUUUAGUAACUAAUUAUAAUAAUUACAGCCCUGACAACAGCAAUUUAGAGACAUUUUCAAACUUGGAAUUGUGGUUUUAGAAAGAAAAUAUUGUCAGCUGUAUGUGUAGAAAAUGAAAUGAGUUUUAGUAAAGGUUGAUUUUGUUCAA